UCAUUUUUAAAUUUUAAAUAAACUAACUGUACAUAUUACAUAAUAUACUAUAGAUAAAAUUAUAUAUUUUUUUCAAUUUUACACGUAUCUCAUUCAUCGUGUUACGAUCCAUCCCAUUCACUCAAUCAAACCACGCUGACCAGAAAAUGAACAGCUUCGUGAAAUACGAUCACGGAUCGUCUGCCAGUGAAUUUUUCGAACUCACUCGACGCACCGAUGCCGAUUUUCGAAGAAAGAUCUACGACUUGAGAAUCGCGAUGUACAAGUCGACGUACAAUAAAUCAUUCUACUGGCCGGAACAUAUACCAAAAUCCAAUGUUCAUCAAGUCGAACCUGGGUUCACUAUGAUACCAAAGCCAAAUGAAGAUCAGUUCAAACAGCUAUACACGCCUAAAAUUUUAAAACACAGAAUGCUGAGUGAAAAUAAGGGAAUUGAACCUCCUUUGGAGUACUCAACUAGUACAACAGCAAAAUGUCAAGACGAGGAUUUAAAUUAUUCCGAUACAUACGCAAGAUCUUUGUACCAAGAAAGCUAUAUAAAUUGGACGCCAAGUCAAGCGCAUAAAAAAGAGGAAACACCAGAAGAGUGGGCUCAGAAAUGGAGGAACGAGUGUCACAACGUUCGAGAUGCCGACGAUUUAGUGCAGGACUUAUCGAAUCGAAUUAUCAAAUCGCGAAAGAUGAUAUUAAGUAGAAAGAAGAUCGGCUAUGCUUAGUAUGGGCUACUGUUUUACAGAUUAAACAUUUUGAUAGAAGCGUUUUGAUGGUUAUAUUUUUUAAUACAUUGUCUUAAUGAAAAUAAACUAUCAAUAAUU